AUGGCAGGCUGGUCCCGGGAGGCAGUCCUAAAGCUGUACCGUGCCCUUUUGCGAGAGGGACGCAAACUCCAGUUUACUGACCGCGACUACUAUUCAUCUUAUAUACGUCGAGAAUUUCGGAAAAAUCAGUGUCUCUCAAAUCUGGAGGACAGAGAGAAGCAGUUGGCAAAAGGACAGUUUUUCCUCCAGACCAAGCUAGGAGGACUAGUGUGA